CGCUGACUUAGUGACGUGGCGAGAGGAAACACGAAAGCCGGUGAACGUCACUAAAAACCCUUCAAAAACCAUCCAAAAUAACCCAAGAAAACCAGACAAAGCAUGGAUUCAACAGACGAAGUCACAUCAUCUCAACCUGGUGUAGUAAAUAGGUUUUUUACUACUAUUUCACAGAAAUAUCAGAAAUUCCUUGAUGAUAUAACCCCUCACUUAGCCUCACGAUGGAUUGCCACAUUUGUUCUUUUGUUAGUUUAUCUUGUUAGAGUAUUUUUACUUCAGGGCUGGUAUAUUAUUACAUACGCACUUGGUAUUUACCAUUUAAAUUUGUUAAUUGCUUUUUUAUCACCAAGAAUAGACCCAGCAUUGGAAGACCUAGAAUAUGAUGAGGAUGGUCCUGGUCUACCGACAAAAGCUGAUGAAGAAUUCAGGCCAUUCAUAAGGAGACUACCUGAGUUUAAAUUCUGGUAUGGUGCAACAAGAGGGAUUGUCAUAGCAUUAUGCUGUACGUUCUUUGAAUUCCUCAACAUCCCAGUCUUCUGGCCUAUUCUCGUCAUGUACUUCAUCAUACUUUUUAUUCUUACAAUGAAGAGACRAAUUAAGCAUAUGAUCAAGUACAGGUACCUUCCAUUUACCUUUGGAAAGAAGAAGUACAGAGGCAAAGAAGAUUCAGACUCUGCUGACAGUAGCACUAAAGUAGAACAAUCUUAAUCAGGUCAGAAAAGGAGACCAACAACCAGGACAAGCUAAACGAUCCAUCUAUCCAUUGAUAACAAGACAUGAUUGAAGUAUAAUUUGUGUAUUCAGACUCUAUAUAUUCACAUAUGACAUCAUAUUCAACAUAUGUGACACCAAACUUACAUUACAUUUUGACAUCAUUUUUGUGUGCAUCUGGCUGGGAACUAGCCUUAGAUACUGAUUUUAUUUACUGAAUGAUAUGUGCUUUUAGCUUGACAAAUCCUAAACAAAUCAAUAGAAUAUCCAGAAGCCUAGAAUACCAUUAAAAUUAUGGUGUGCAACAUUAUUUCAAAUAUCUAACAGAAAAAAAUGUAUUAUACAAAAAAGAAUUAUACAUCAAACCACCUUCCUAACAAUACAAUAAAUUUAUCCCAUUAAACGUGUACAUUAGUCUCCUAUUAAACUAUAAUAUAAAGUAUGUCAAGGGGACCGAAGCAGGAUCAGUUGAUCAGUAGGGCGUUUGAACCAACCUCAUUCAUUAUAAAAAUUGAGUUGAUGAGUUUUUCCCCGGAUUAUACCUGUGUCCUGCCCAGUUGUGGCCAUUGCCAGGCAUAAACCACAGGACUCUAUUUAAACUAGUCCUUGGAUGUCCCUGUUAAAAUAUAGAACUAAAUGAAUGAAUGAAUGAAUAAACUCAUUAAAGGACAACCAA